UAUAUAUAAUUUUUGCACUUUGCUUGAUUAGUGUUUCUUGAAAUCUGUUAUAGUGUCUCAUUCUCUUAUUCAUUUGUGUGUUGGUUAUAGGCUGAAAAAAGCAGAUGAUAAAGACGAAAAGUGUUACACUCGAUUUAUAUGUCAAAUUCUUAGAAUAGCCUUUGCAUUGUCUAGUAAAACCUGCACAUCUCAUGAAAGAGUUCCAACUCUAAUGUCAUUGGUCAUACACAUCAGGGAUAUCAUCCACUAUUGAUGGUCAUGGUUUAGGCGUUUGGUAAUGUUUAGUUCUUACUGAUUCACAUAUUAAGAUGCGGAGAGUUCUUACUACUGUUAGUUCUAUCACAAUGGAGCCUUUUCACUUGUGCUCGAAUACAUGGAUCGGGGAUCUCUUGCGGAUGUGAUACGACAAGUGAAGACUAUUCUGGAACCUUACCUUGCUGUUGUCUGUAAACAAGUUUUGCAAGGCCUUGUGUACCUGCACAACGAAAGACAUGUCAUACACAGAGACAUUAAACCAUCAAACCUUCUUGUAAACCAUAAAGGGGAAGUGAAAAUCUCAGAUUUUGGUGUAAGUGCAAGUCUUGCUAGCUCCAUGGGACAGAGGGACACAUUUGUUGGAACCUACAACUAUAUGUCGCCUGAGAGGAUCAAUGGAAGCACAUAUGACUACUGCAGUGACAUUUGGAGUUUGGGCAUGUCAGUGUUAGAAUGCGCAAUAGGAAGAUUCCCUUACUUAGAAUCUGAAGAUCAGCAAAACCCGCCAAGCUUUUAUGAGCUCUUGGCAGCAACCGUAGAGAAUCCACCACCAACUGCUCCUUCUGAUCAAUUCUCACCUGAAUUCUGCUUCUUUGUAUCAGUUUGGUAUGUGGCCAUUCAUUAUUUGCCUCUUCAUAAACUUUUCUUUGAAACACAUCUUAUUCCGAAUUUUGUAAAAUAUGUUUAA